AUGUUAGGGGAGAUAUGGGACUCGAUCAAAAAUUAUUUGUUAAAGCUUUUGCAAAGCGAAAAUAAUAAACAUUUGAGGGAUCUGAUAGUAUUAGUUUUGAGUAUAUUUGAUAAAAUCCCAAUCUCCAUGGACGGGUCUAUGGAUAAGAUUGUUCCCUUAACGUUAUACGAAGAGAGAAAAGAAGAAGCUAAUAUGAAUAAGAAGAUUUUUAAAAAUAUGAGUUUCCGUUAUUUCCAGGCAUACUAUAACUUAUGGCAUUUUAACUUAUGUGACCAUUUUUUGAGGGGUUUAAGAGUUCUCAACCUUAUGAUUUUCAAGUGA